AAGCGGGCGUCGUGUACUUCUGCUCCGAGUCCAGGCCCUAUCGACCGCUCGCAGCAUCCAGCAGCCCCGGCGUACGUCAUAUCCGGCGUCCCUCGGCCGGCGCUCAUCUCCAGCGUCGUUCCUGUCCGUGGUCGCUGAGCCAGAGCGAGAAGCUGCUCAGGCGGCCGUUCGUCGGUCCGUUCGCCUUUUCAUCUCCGGUAUCGCAGCGUUCCUGCUCCGGUGACGCUGCUUCGGCCAUCGAUCUACAAUCCUUUGCUGUUCCAGAUUACUCAGAUCUGGUGCAUAUGAUGGUUUAGAGCUUUUGAGAAAAAUAUUUAUUGGAGACGAUCAAUGGCGCCAAAUCCAAGAGUUGCAAAAGCCUUUCGUGCUAUGAGGGAUCUUGGCAUUGCCGAGGAAAAGGUUAAACCAGUCCUGAAAAGUCUUCUAAAGUUGUAUGACAAAAACUGGGAACUCAUUGAGGCAGAAAACUACAGAGCCCUUGCAGAUGCUAUAUUUGACCAAGAGGAAGCGCAGGUCUCUACCCCUCUAAAUGCUGCGGAGGAAAAAAAGAAACUUGAAAACACUAAUCAGGUGGAAAUGGAUGAAGAAGAUCAAGUGCCUGAACCUCCCUUGAAAAGACUGCGCUUAAGGUACCAAGAAGGUCAUGCUUCACCUUCCUUGAGUAACUCCUGCCCUGGGUUGGCUGGAAAUUUGUUGAAACAGCCUAAAGAGGAGGAGGCUGAACCACCUGAAACUUUUCCCCAACCGGACAUAGUGGGGUCAUCCCAGCCUAGUCAAGAGAAUGUAAGGGGUGCCUUGCAACCAAUGUCCCCCCAACGAAUUACAAGAAGUAAGGCAAAGCAAUCUGUCUUGCCAAAGCCUUCGCCAGUGCAGGAAAGAUUGGAGCCAAGUCAGCCUGGUGUUGUUGACAGGAAUCCGCCAUUUGCUGCAGGGAGAACUCAAUCUGAUUCUGUUAAUCCUAGAACACGUCUUAGGGAAAAAGGAAAGGAACCUAUCUCACCUCAAAUUGGUUCAAGAGAUAAAAGUUCGAAUUCUGAGAGGUCACCUCAUGCAGUGCGCAUCAAAGAGCCUGGUAUUGCUCUCUUACCAAAACAGCAGAUGCACAAGUCUCACACUUUGGUCAAGCCUAAAGAUGAGCCAUUCACUGAUGAUUUGCCUCACUCUGUGGUUCCUAUUGCAGUGAUUCAUCCAGAGCCAUUCAACAAAGAAAAUUCUUCAAAUGGAAGUUUGUCAAUCAGAGAAGCUAAUGGUCUUGACCCAGUAUCUCAAGCUGAAGCUGGAAAAGGACAAAGCAGUAGGGUUCAAGUUUCAACAAUUGAAAAGAGAACAAAUUGUGAGCUUGCAAACUAUGUGGAUGAGUCCUCAUCCAACUUAGAGAUUGCUUCCUCACCCUAUGGAGAGGUGAAAAUUUCUUUGACCUGUAAUUCUGCUCUUGGAGGACCUGAUUUUCAUGUGCCUAGUGUUGAUGCAGUUGUCAAAAUGGUGGAGGAUAAAUGUCUUAGGUCAUACAAACUCCUGGACCCAAGUUUUUCUGUGAUGAAACUAAUGAAAGAUAUGUGUGAGUGUUUUCUGGAACUAGGAACUGACUCUGCCAAUGAAUCACAGGGAAAACUAGAUGUAGCACCUGCUGUUGAUAUAUCGAAACAAUGUAAUGGACUGGACACUUUGGGUGCUAGAGACGAGCAAAUUGGCUAUCCUAUUAAUCCAGUCAGUGACCAUUGUGCUGCUGAAGUGGCACAAUCUCAAAUUCCAAAUCUGCCACCAUCUUCCAAUAUGAUGGAUGACAGCGGGCAAACUGAUAAAAAUACUAUUGUGAGCAGCAGCGACAUUGAUGAGGAAAGGCAACAAAAUGACCUUGAACAUUCAAGUUCUCAUAGUCUUGUGGUGGUUCAACAACCUGAGGAUGGAAGGCAUCUGCAUGAUGUUAGUAACAUAGCAAAGGGACAAGAAAAAGUUGUGAUUUCUUUGGCAAAUGAAAUCAACAAUGAGUGUCCGCCAUCCUUUUACUAUAUACCCCAAAAUGUGGUUUUUCAGAAUGCAUAUGUCAAUUUUUCUCUGGCACGAAUUGGGGAGAAUUGUUGUUCGACUUGUUCUGGCGAUUGUUUAUCAUCAACAACACCUUGUGCUUGUUCACAUGAAACAGGUGGUGAGUUUGCAUAUACCUUAGAUGGCCUUGUUAAGGAGGACUUUUUAGAAGAAUGCAUCUCAAUGAAUCGUGAUCCUCAAAAGCACUGCCUCUUUUAUUGUAAGGAAUGCCCCUUGGAAAGAUCAAAAAAUGAAGAUAUUCUGGAACCAUGCAAAGGUCACUUAGUGAGGAGGUUUAUCAAAGAGUGUUGGUGGAAAUGUGGCUGCAGUAAACACUGCGGCAACCGGGUGGUACAACGUGGCAUAAACUGCAAAUUGCAGGUUUUUAUGACUGCUGAAGGAAAAGGGUGGGGUCUCCGUACCCUACAGGACCUCCCAAAAGGUGCUUUUGUAUGUGAGUAUGUUGGGGAGAUAUUAACCAAUGCAGAGCUCUAUGAGCGAGUUUCACAAAGCUCCAGCAAUGAGGAGCAUGCAUAUCCUGUUCUGCUUGAUGCUGACUGGGGCUCAGAAGGAGUCUUAAAGGAUGAAGAGGCCCUUUGUUUGGAUGCAACACAUUUUGGAAAUGUUGCAAGGUUUAUUAAUCAUAGAUGCUUUGAUUCAAACUUGGUAGAGAUACCUGUGGAGGUGGAGACCCCUGACCAUCAUUAUUACCAUCUUGCCUUUUUCACAACUAGAAAAGUGGAAGCUUUGGAGGAACUUACAUGGGAUUAUGGUAUUGAUUUCGAUGAUCAAGAUCAUCCAAUCAAGGCGUUUAAGUGCCGGUGUAGCAGCAAGUUUUGUCGAAACAUUAAACGCUCAAGUAGAUCCAGAUCUGCUGCUGCAAAUAGAAGAUGAAACUAGUGGGUUGUGUAUGAAGCCAUGCCCUGUCCCAUCUUGAUUACACCAGUUCAGGUCCUCCAGACUUUGGGCCUUAAGUUCUGAACAGGAUUUUGGGGUUGCUUUGUAGUUUGUAUUAUGCGGAUGCAUCAGCCAUGAUUAGGCCAAUCGGUGGGGCUACUCUGUUACUCUCGUUCUGUAAGCAGCAGCUACAUCUACUCUUCUGUUCUUCUAUGUAAUUAAGGCUCACAUUUCUGAUAAGGAUCAUGAACCAAUCCUGUUAGGUAUUACUAUUAUAUGCCAGCUUCUUUAUUUUUUUAUUUUUGAACAAGUUCUCCUCAUUUACUCAUGGCAAGUAAUAGAAUGCUAAAA